GCUGUUGAAAAGACACCGAACGUGCUCUUACAGCACGUCGUACGUUCUUACAGACGCUCGAGCUUGUGAAGAUGUAUUUUCUUUUGAAAGCCAUAACCGGAAGUGUGUGGUUUUUUUUUCGGGAUGAUUUGACACCUCCGUGAUUUCAGGAAAUUCAUUCAGCUGCGUUUUUUAAAUUUUAACGUUUUUUAUUUUUAACGGACACGGUUUGACGGUUUGACGGUUGACGGUGAUUUAACGCAGCUCACACGUGUCCGUACGCGCGAGCUCGCUGCUGGUUGGUUAACGAUGCGGCACGCGCCAUUCAUUCCAGCUAACGCUGUAGCUUUGUAGUGGCGGCUCGCGCGCUCACCUGAGCAGGUUCGGUAGAUAACGAGCCGGGUCGGUGUCGGUGUCGGUACCGGUAGCUGCUUAGCUUCUUUUUUUAAACUGUGUCGUGUGUCAGACACGACUUCGCCGCCGUGACGUCAGCUGCUCCGUUACAAAGGUAACGUCCGUUACUGUCCGUGAGUGUGAUGGAGUAUGAAGACAAGGCGAAGGCUGUGGGGGAAUGUCUGCAGAGCUACAGGAGGGACGAGUCCGGCUGGAAGGUCUGCAAGAAGUCGAAUGACGUGGUCGUGUCUUGGCGUCCCUCAUCCGAGUUCCCUGGGAAUGUUUAUAAGGGGGAGGGUAUCGUCAGUGGCAGCCCGGAGAAAGUGUGGGAGUGUCUGAAACCCGUCCCCAACGGACUCCGAGUCAAGUGGGACAACAACGUGAAAAAGUUUGAGCUUGUGGAACAAAUCACAGAGGACAUCUCUAUCUGCCGAACAGUCACGCCCUCAGCAGCUAUGGGUAUCAUAGCUCCACGAGACUUUGUAGAUGUUAUUUUAGUUAAGCAAUAUGAAGACGGCACCAUUUCAUCAAAUGCCACCAACGUGACUCACGCAAGCUGUCCUCCUCAGUCCGGCUUUGUGAGAGGAUUCAACCAUCCAUGUGGCUGCAUCUGUGUCCCCAUCUCAGGAGAGCCCAACAAAACCCAGGUGUUCAGCUUCUUCCAGACCGACCUGGGAGGCCUCCUCCCGCGCUCCGUGGUCGACUCGUUCUUCCCGUCCAGCAUGUCCGAGUUCUACGGCAACCUGGCCAAGGCUGUCAAAUCUCUCAAGGACUUUUGACACCUACCGACCGGUCAGGCCAGACGUUCAUUGUCUCAGACACAUCUGAUCCACAAGUUUUGACCUUAUAUUCCUGCGUCGCUGCAGGAGGAGUCCAGUAAAUCUUCAAUCUCCACUUUGAAAAGUCCCACAGUAAUAAUGAGGGGUUCGAAAACCUGCAUCCUAAUCUCCAGUCUCUUUACAUUCCCAUCGGAAAGAUGAAUUCACUUCCUCCAUUAGAAAGAUUGAAAAUAGAUGUAAAAUCUAUAUUUGUAGAAUCUCUUUUACUUUUUAACUCGAAUGAUGAGACACCACACGCUUCCUCUCCUAACAGCAUACUUCAGUGUGUACAGUAAACAUGCAUGUUGCAUGGACAUAAUUUACCCUAUGCUGGUAUCAGAUUACCUGUUUGGAAUACUGUCUCAUACCUCAUAUUUAUUUGUGUGUGUGUUGUACUUGAUGCCAUAGUUUUGCUCAUGUCCGCUCACCUGUACACCAUGAAUAUCUGUCUCUUUUAUCAGCUCCUCUGAAGCACAGGUGGAUGGCAGAGGUGGCCUUUUUUUUUUUUUUUAAAGAACGCCUUUUAAAUCCGAGCAGAAAAGUCUGAUUCUGAACGGACAUUUCCCUUUUUUCUUUUUCUCCAGGACGGUCUCUGAAACUCUUUGUGCAGUGUUAAGAUCAGAACCGGCCGCCUGCAGUUUGUCUCACAGGUUCAUUGUCUCGGUCGACUUGACAGGGACAGGCAACUGGACGCCUCUGGCAUUUUUCAAUUCAUUUCAUCAGUGGGGGUCGUAUGUUUCCGCAACGGGAGCCCGCAAUGCAGGCGUUGCCACAAAAAAAACAGCGCCGGGAGAGAAGUUGAGCCAGAUUCAACUUUUGGGAAAAAAUGACAUGAGGAAGUUUAAUUUAAUUUGAUUUGAUUGAGAGAGAGAGCGAGCGAGCUUCGGUAAAGACACAUAACAAUAACAGAGAGGUAACACUGCAGGUUAUCACGUGCAGUGACCUCAGCCUUCAUCAGUAGUUGAAAAUGUAAAAGUUACUAUCGUAGCGUUCUCUCCCUUUCUCAAUGUGAUCCUGCUCCAAUACAUAAUUGAGCAAUGUAUGGAGUCAAAACUCAACAUGCAAAAUUAACCUGAUGAAGUUAGAGUGUCACUUUACUGUCCAUCAGGAAACUUGUUGAGGCGGAGCAGCCGGAGGACAACCAGAAAACAUUUUCUCCAUAAAAUAUGAUCCAGUUUCACCAGAAUCAGUCAAAUAGUUGGUGCUGUGUGACUUAGUGUCAUAAAACGUACUUCUUGCCAGAAUCCAAAGUUAUGAUUUAAAAUAAAAUGAUUUUAUGGUAGAAAAGUUGGACUUUAAGUGCAUCUUGAUUGUAGGGAAAAAAAUGUAACAUUCAUUUAAGAAAAAAAGUAGAAUGAAUGUGAUUUCAUCAUCAUUUAAUCUGAUCAAGUGAGCAGGAAACAAGAAAAUAAAGCAGGACAUGGUUAAUGAACCCCUC